AUGAAUUCACCGUUGCUAUUGACAGACAAACAGGUACAACAGUUUUUAAUCGAUGGUUAUCUAGUUCUCCGGCCGAGUUCUCUCGAUGAUAACUUCCACUCAUCAAUCUACACGGAAAUUUCAUCCAUUUUUGCCAGAGAAGGUAAUCCAGGCAACAAUCUUCUUCCAAAACUUCCUCAACUUCAGCAAGUAUUCAAUGAUCCAGUUGUUCACGGAGCACUGAUCAGUUUAUUAGGUGCAAACUAUACUAUGCAACCUCAUCGACAUCCUCACUUAACUAAACCUAACACUCGUGAUCAACAGUGGCACAAAGAUAGUUAUUUUGCUUAUCAGAAACCGCUUUGUCAUCAUCAGCUACGAUAUGUCAUGGCCAUGUAUUAUCCUCAACAUACAACACUUGAAAUGGGUCCAACUGCGAUCAAACCUCAAACACAAUAUCUUGUCAAAUAUCACGCAGCAUCCGAAAACAAUCCACAAAAUGAUAUUCGUAUGGUUUGCUCCGCUGGAACAGUCGUUCUCAUUCACUAUGAUAUUGUGCACAAAGGAACAGCCAAUCAAACAGCAGAGACAAAUCGUUUCAUGUUUAAAUUUCAGUUCAAUCGGCUAGAAGAACCAACAAAACCAACGUGGAAUCAUGAUCCAUCUAAUGCAUCGUAUGAUGCAGCCGAUGCUGGUCUGUUACAGCCAAUUGUCAAGCACAUUUGGAAUUGGCUACUGGGUGGAAUAAACACGCCAUCAGCAUCUGCAACUGAUCAACAAGCGUCUAAUUGGGAAACAAAACUGCAUGAUAAAGAUGGAAUGGUGCGUCUCAACGCAGCAUACAACCUUGCUCUGAACAAUCAGUAUCACAUCCUCAUCAAGCAGUUGUAUCAUCACCAAGCAAUAGUUCGUUACGAAGCAGCUUAUGCGCUGACAGCUUGCCGAUUUAGUAAGGAUGCCAUCAAAGAACUGCAGAUCGUGCUGGACAAAGAAGCGCAAAAUGAAAAUCAAGCAUUAUGCAUUGCAUUCAUCUUUUCAGAAAUGGGAUCUGUUGCAUUGGAAGCAAUACCAAUGUUAAUACAUGUGAUAAAAACAAAUCAGUCACGGUUAGUUAAACUGUAUUGCUGUGAAGCACUAGGAAAUGUUCAAUCUAAUGAAGAAUAUGAUCACCAUUCAGUUGUUCAAUGUUUAAUUGAAAUGGUUUGUAAUCGCAGUGACGAGGAAGAAGAUUCGAAAGAUGCAUCACAUGUAAGAUUCACUGCUGCACUGUCAAUAGCUAAACUUGGUUCGAAGGCAAAUGAAGCAACUGAUGCUGUAAAGAAUGCACUUUACUUUGAUCCGAAUCGCUAUGUGAAUGGAAAUGCACUGUUAGCAUUGGAACGAAUUGGCAGUAUCGAAGCAUUGAAGAUUGUCUUGGAUUAUUUGAAAAUAUCACGAUGGUGUUCGAAAACAACAACACACAGUUUGUAUUAA